AUGGGGCAGGGACGAAGUGCCAAAAGUGUUAGCAACUUUGCCAUAUUUCUGUUGAUUUUGCUCGCACAAAACUGUGGCCAGGCACGCAGCCACGGGCGUGAUGGAUUAGCAAAGUUCGAGUUUAGCGGCCGGGCUCUCCCUGUUUUUAAUUUUGCAAAAAUAUACCAAACUUUGUGUGCGCAACUGCUCCCGGCCACGCCCACCCAGGAGGCCAAAGGGCGUGUCCUGGUCCGAGGGAAGCCCAUGUUUCAUGUUUUCGAUCAACUGCAGCAGGACUUCGAGGCGAAAUGGCAGCGAACAACGACAGUGAAGCCUUUCAGUAUCCUUCAGCAUUUGGACUGGGAGCAGGAGAAGGAAGCUCAGCAGUUGCAGGCUCACACAAACUCUAGUUUUCACAUUCUGGAAGAAUUAUACAAGGAUCAAAAGGCUUAUGAGCUUAAAACAACAACCGUACAGCCAUUUCAUAUUUUGCAAAAACUGGAAAAGGACCUAAUCAAGGCUAAUCAACACACCACCACCAUUAAACCUUUUCACAUAGUAGGAACCCUAGUAGAAGAUUUAAUAAAGAAGGACCUGAAAGAUGGUUAUCUGGAGAAAAAGCCAGUAAAGUCCUCGGAACCGCUAGCUGAGCACAAAGCCGAGUUGAAACCGGAAUCUCGAGCCAAGCAAAGUCAGAAGCGGAGACGGAAACGGAUUCGCCGCAGGCGAAAACGUAUCCGCCGACGUCGGAAACGGACACGUCGUCGUCGGCGUAAGAAGCGGAAGAAGAGGAGAAAGAAGCGAAAGAAGAAGAAACACAAGGGUGACAAGAAGAAGAAAAAGAAAAGGGGAAAGCGGAAGAAAAAACCAAAACCAGAGGAUCACCAGGAGCAUUCAAUUUUCCAACCAGGUCAAGUGAUCUUUGCCAAUCCCACCAAGCCGCCGUAUUACCACCAUCCUCAUGGUUAUCCCUAUCCGCCGCAAGUUCAAACCAUACCCACAGCUUUACUGACCGCCUUGACAACCAAGAAACCCAAUAAGGUGACCACCACUCACCGUCCCUUCAGCAAGAUAAAGUAUCUUCUAAGGCACAACAGCAUCUUUAAGAAAAAGAAAAAGGAGUACCUGAGCCACGUCGGUCAGGUGCUAUACCCCUUUGUUAAGUUCGUGGCCUUCUUCACGGUCCUCAAUCCCUUUACAUUGGGCGUCUUUCUCUUCACCCUGAUCUCUCCAGCCGUUUUUGGAUUCCUUGGUUUUGUUGCUUUGAGUGUGCUGGUCAAGCCCUUCCUUCAUCUGGUGUUCGGUGUCAAGCGCAAUGUCAAUGCCUUCGAUCGCAAGAGGUGGCUGGCCCACAAGCAGGCGGAAAAACUGAAGCUGGGACUGAGACCGGUGACCAUACACAAGCAUUUCUAUCAACAUGGUCCUGUGCACUCUGCCCCACCGGUCAAACUGCGACCAGUGGGUCACUGGAGGAGGGAGGGAGAAAGACCAGCGGAUCAGAUGCCUUUACCGCAGCGACCACCAGCUCUGGGACCACCUGCUCAGAGACCACCCUAUCAGAGACCACCACCUCAGGGAUCAUCACCCCAAAGACCACCUCCACUGCAAUCACCAGUGAAUCGAUACAAUCCUUUACUACCUGAAUAUCGCAAGGCUCUCAGAUACGAAAAUACUGAUCAGCCUGGAAUCUUUUUGAUAUAG